AUUUCAUAAGCCAAAAACCAGACGACUGUACCAUGGAUCCCAUCAGUGUUGAACGAGACGUCAGGCGGGAAGCAAGUGCUGUUGCUGGGCUCAACUCAUCCUCAGUUUUCUCACGUGUUUACAUCUUUUUCUUCAGUCUAUCCAUUCUUCCUCAUGGUUCUACUGGUGUAGUCGUCGUCUAUGCAGUGACUAAGGACAAACGAACGCCAAGAAAUGCCGGACCUUCGAUCGUUGCAACUCGCAGACCUGGUCCAUCACUGAAGGUUGAAAACACUGCUGUAACCUGCCGCCCGUAAAGAAAGAAGAAAAAGGACAACCACUAACGGAUAGAGGCAGCCAGCGAGGACAAACAGCUAUGUGGAAGAAAUGGAAUCGGAGAUGGAUUUAGAGAAGGAGGAGAGCCGCAGUAGGCUGGCGUCCGAAGAGGAAAGCAACAACAACAGUUACAUCGGCGGUGCGGAAUUGACGUCGAUGGAAAUUGAGGAAUCUGAUGCCUCCACUGCCAGCCUUAUUCAAAAUCAAGAGCAACAACAGCAACAGCAACAACAACGGAAAUUGUGGCGGAGUAAAUCGACCAACAGGUCGGAAGAGUUGAGUUUGGAGUCAACCAAUAGCAGCGCAGUCACCAACGAAGAGCUCAAAGAACUGAAACAAUGGUUCCAGUGGGAGAAGAGCCUUUCGAUCGACGCCGCCAUCCACCAGGAGCGUCUCGUUUGGCAGCGGCAACAACGCGGGACCCGAUGCGGAACGAUGGCGGAAAACGAGCGGCUCAAAGAGCGGGUGCAAGUGCUGGGCCAAGAGAAUUAUGAACUGACGAGAAUGCUGAAAAAUGAGCGGAUCCGCAACAGAGACGAAGACGCCAGUCAACGGCGCUCCCUGCGCCAAGCGGCCGCCAAAGCCCGGCUGGAGACGAGGGCCGCCCGCCGCCUCCAGGUCAUGGAAGCUGCCGCCGUCCAACAGGCGCAAAUGCAAAUUAAACAGUUGGAAGAGACGGUGGAGGAAAAAGAUAAAACCAUUGGCAAAUUGGAAGCUGAAAAAUACUAUUUGGGAGAACGGAUCUUUGAAUUGACCGGUGUCGAGGAAGGUUUCUGGAGCGACGAAAUCUUGACGAAACCGGUCAUUUCGGAACGAGAACGCGGACUAUUGCAGCGGGCAAACAGCCUCAAUAUUCACGUCAGUCAGCUGCAACGCCAGCAACGGAUCUUAUCCAGCGAGAAUGAGCAAUUGAAACGUCAAAUGGAGAUGGAAAGAGAGCGGCCGGCCGGCCAGCUGCAACGGGAACGUGAACGUCAGCAAGAACUGCAACUACUGCGGAAGAAAAAUGCCGAACUGGCCAUUCAGACGAAAAAAUUAGAAGAGAAAGUCCGCAGCCUUGAAAAGAAGUCGAAAGAAUUGCCGUCGGUGAACGGUGGAACGCAGCAGGUUGUGCUGUCCAGGGAGCGGUCGAUUGACAACAAGUUGCAUCAUCAGCAAGUCCAGCAGCAACAACAACACAGCAAACAGACGGCGCCGACCAAGUGGCGCGAAAAAGAAAUGGCCAUGCAAACGCUGCAGAAUCGGUUGACGGAGCGUGAAAAAGAGAUCGGCCGUCUCAAGGAAAAGCUUCGUGAUCUGACCAAGAAACUCCAACAAGAACAACAUUACAACAGCAAGGAGUCGUUACAACAGCAACAAAAUGGAGUCGAAUGGACAAUAUUAUCGCAGGGUUCCAGGGAAUUGGAAGGUCUACUCAAACUCGUCUCCAAGGAGCGACUUCAAUUGGAACGCAACUUUGUCCUGGCCACUCAGGGCUUGCAACGGAGCGCCGAGCUCGACGUGAACCGCUACUCCGCCUUGGAGGCGACCAACGUCCAGCUCCGGCGGCAGGUUGAACAGCUCGAAUUACUCUGCAAAGAACAGGCCGAAGCUGCCCAACAGCUCAGUAAAAGGCAACAGGAUCGUGAGGUGUUGGCCGAACGACUUAAAGCCAAAAGUGAAUACAGUCAAGACUUGGAAAAUCAGCUGAGUAAAGUUAUCGACAAGAACGCUGAAUUGACCAUUGAGAAUUGUGACUUGAAAAAGCAGGUUCAAGAGCUACACCAGUUUGAAGCGGAAUGUGUGACGCUUCGUAGUUCAUUGAGCACGGUGGAAAGCCAGUGCCAGGCGGCUCAGAGCGAAGUAGCUCAGCUCAAGGAGAAGAUGGCCGGCCUGGAUCACGUCCUCAGGCAAAUGCGAGAAGCGGCCGAGAAGAAGAAAGAAUUGGAAAAACAACAUGGAGAAUCCGUCAACGAGUUACGGACGGCUCAGGCCCAGCUCGGAUUGCUGGCCAGUAACAAGAACACGGAAGUGGAGCGGGCACAACAUUCUCAGAACAUCGAGUCGCUUCAGUCUCGUAUUCGCGAGCUGGAAAGGAAAAUGGAGCUGCAAAAUGUCAGACAUGAUGAAUUGUUGCUGGAGUUGGCCGCCUUGAGACGCAACCAACAUCACCAUCACGCCAGCAAUAGCAGCGGAAGUAGUCACCAUGGUAGCAGCCAGUCACUAGGCGCUGCUUUCGAUUUAGAUUCCAGAGGAUCCAGUCCAGAUUCGCUCCGGUAUUUAGCAAAUGGAGCUGGAUCUGUGACGCGUACAACACCGCUGGGACAGAGUGCCUCCAAUUUAGAUGCUCUCCUCGAAAUGGAUUUGGCCGUCUCUAAUUAUAAUCUGGGGAAAAGUAUGUCGCAGCCGGUCGUGUCGGCUUCAUCGUUAUCGAAAUUGACGGGCAACGGUGGUGCAGGUGUUAGCAAUAAUAGUAGCCAUCACCACAUGAUUCACGGAAGCGCUGGCGGUAGUGACAUUGAACGCAUCAUGGCCAAAAUCGAGCAGGAUAAUCGUGUGCUGGCCGAGCUGGAUAAAUCUCGAGCUACAAUCAUGUCUCAGGAGAAGGCCAAAACGGUGACGUUUGCCAAUGAUGAUAUGGUGCUGCACUACGGCGGCCCACACCGGCACCGGCGCAAAUCGACACCGGCCAGCCUCAACCGGACGCCUUUACACCACAACAACCCCCAAUACCACCAACAACAGCCUUCGCACCAUCAACAUCAUCAGAGUCUGCAUCACGUUUUGCGCUCAUCGCCCGUCUCUGCCCAUCUGAGGCAUUGGCUAGCGCCGGGCAAUUCGAACAUGAUUGAAACGAGUAAGAAGAGUUCGGGUUUUUCGAAUCACAAUGGAGCCACUAGCGGGUCGGUGCCGACGUCGCAGUCGAUCAGCCCGAUGUACGGCAGCACAAGUUCGGCGGCCAUGGGGUCCGGUUUGACGUCGACGACAUUGACCAAUACGUCGUCCGUGUUUUUCCCUGGCGGCGUAGCGACUUCGACGUCAUCGGCCGCGGCCGAUUUGGCGCACACGUUGAGCCUUGGCCAGCAACAAAAUGCCGGACUACAUCAUCAGCAUCGCACGUCGACGCUGACGGCGCCCGUCUCGAUGAUGCAUCCGCCUUUAUCGCCGCUCAGUUUGCCCGCUCUGCCGCUCGAUGCCCAUUCCGGCUCACUUGUCCACACGGUUCCGCUGCACUCGUUCCGCCAUCCGGAGCCAGAAAGCAGCGCCGACAUGCUCGAGAUACCGGGCAAAGGCAGAUGUUACGUCUACUUGGCCAAGUACACGUACGACCCAUUCACGCAGUCACCCAACGACAAUCCGGAAGCGGAAGUGUCGCUAGCGGCCGGCGAUUACGUUCUCGUCUGGGGCAACAUGGAUGAGGACGGAUUUUACGAGGGCGAAUUGUUGGACGGCCGCAAAGGUUUGGUGCCAUCGAAUUUCAUCCAGCGGCUUCAAGGCGAAGAUUUGGUUGAAUUCCAUCGGGCCGCUGUGCUGGGCCUGCAGAUUUGCGGCGACGACAGUAGCACCACCAGCUUACCGAGGGACCUGCUGGGCGUCAGCCCCAACAAUCAUCCAUCGUCUCAUUUGGCCGGCAGCAAUAGACCUGGUCAUCAGGCUCCGAUUCAUCAACUUGCAGCGCAUCACCAACAGCAGCAACAGCAAGGUCUGCCUCAUCAGCAACCGAUUCGGACCAACGAGCCCAUCGAUCAAGCCAAUAUCCCAGCGGCUGGAAGCAGUCAGGUGGCCUUUCAUAGUCCGGCCAGUCGCAGUAGGGGCAUCAAUCAGUAUGAUGCUGCACGUCAGGCCCUCGACUGGGGUCUGAUGGAACUCCAGGAGUUCCUGGAAGAUGAAGAAUUAGCACUCGGCGUUAAAGGAGAAGGUCCAGACUGGCUCUUCCUUUCGCUGCUAGUCCCUCCACCGCGUCAGCUGACGCUGGAACGGCAGUUGAACAAGUCGAUUUUGAUUGGAUGGAACCAUCCGGAAGGAGCACCUCCAGAGUCGGGCCAAAUUGCCUCCUAUCAUGUCUACGUCGAUGGCAUCCUUCGCACCACCAUCCGGGCCGCCGAUCGCUGCCGGGCGCUCAUCGAAGGCGUCGAUUCCAGCAAGCCCCACCGGAUUAGUGUGCGCUCGGUGACGUUGAGACGGCGGGCAUCGCUGGAUGCGGCGUGCACGAUGGUGAUUGGCAAGGAGGUUCCAUCGGCGCCGACUUGCGUCCGUGUGAGUCACGUGACGGCCACGUCAGCGUUGAUUUCGUGGCUGCCGGCCAACUCCAAUUACCAGCACGUCGUCUGCGUCAAUCACGUCGAAGUGCGCACCGUCAAGCCGGGCAUCUUCCGGCACACCAUUUCUGGCUUGUCGCCCAACACCAUCUACCGGGUGACGGUCAAAGCCAAAAACAUCCGUUCGCCGCACUUUAACACGAUGGACGAGACGACGGCCAAGUACGCGGAAAAGUACUGCACCCACGUCGAAUUCCGCACACUUCCUAAAGGUGUGCCUGAUCCACCUGUCGAUGUCCAGGUGGAGCUGGGACCUCAGGACGGCACGCUACUCGUCACUUGGCUGCCCGUCACCAUCAACAGCCAGUCGGGAAAAUCCAAUGGCGUGCCCGUCACCGGUUACGCCGUCUACGCCGAUGGUAGAAAGGUCACAGAAGUCGAUAGCCCCACAGGAGAUCACGCCUUACUGGACAUUUCCAGCUUUAUGGGCUUGCAAGCUAAACACGUGACGGUGCGGACCAAAGCUCGGGAGAGCCAAUCAGGGGACAGCGUGCCGACUCCAGUGCCAAUCGAUCUAAUUAAGAACCGUGGCGGUGGCAACAGGAACGGUAAUGUGGACGUUUUCGAAGACGAGGUACAAUCCGAGUCUGCACCGGUUGUAGCGAGCGAAGAAGACAUUGUCGGAUUGUGGAAUCUCAGUCUAUUGGCCAGCAUCAAGGAUACGCUUGAAUCCGACGAAAGACCGUCUGAAUUAUCUGAUAUUGCCGAAGAGCCGGAAGAAUAUGAAGACUGCAGUAGCGAAGGGGAAAUGAUGAACGAAACGAGCCGCAGCAACAACGGAGGCCGGCGCAAUUUUAUGGAACAGGCCAACAACGGUAGAAGCGGCGGCGGUAUGAUCCAGCGCAAUCAGUAUCUCAAUCCGUCUCUACCCGGUCCUAUUCCCUCUAUCGAAAUCACCAAGGAUACGGCCAGUGAACGAUCAGGUGAUAGCUAUCGCGGACGUGAUGGAACCGGAAUGAAUCCAUACGACCGAAACAAAUCAUUGCCAGCCAACCGGAACCCGCAGAUGGUUGGCGGUAGGAACGCUCAGGGACAGGCUAGAGAUAACUAUUACGCGCCACCAGGACGCAACCAACAGCAGAACGACGGCUACUACGAUCAGACGGCCAACAGACGGCCAGUGGCUCGUGGAGGCAGGCAACCUCAAAUGCAACAGCAGCAGCAAACGCGCAUCUUUGUUGCCUUGUUUGACUACGAUCCGCCCAGCAUGUCACCUAAUCCAGACGCUUGCGAUGAAGAGUUGCCGUUCCGCGAAGGCCAGCUCAUCAAGGUGCGUGGUGAUAAAGAUGCCGAUGGAUUCUAUUGGGGUGAAGUGGCUGGCCGAUCGGGUUAUGUUCCGUGUAACAUGGUGUCCGAAGUGCAAGUCGAUGAUGAACGGGUCGCCCAAGAACUUCUCAAAGAGUCUGGAGCGGACGGACCAAGUCAUUCUCGUACUCGACGCAAUUUACGUGCUCAAGGCCAGCCGGGUCACGGACGCGACCGUUGGGGCGACAUUUACGCCAAUAUGCCCGUCAAGCGGAUGAUUGCUUUGUACGAUUACGAUCCGCAGGAAUUGUCGCCCAACGUCGACGCCGAAGUGGAGCUCUCCUUCCAAACGGGCGACAUCAUUUACGUUUACGGAGAUAUGGACGAUGACGGUUUCUAUUUGGGUGAAUUGCGCGGACAGCGCGGUCUAGUCCCUUCCAACUUCUUGACGGAAGCCCCUCCCGACUACGAUCCAUCUCAGCCGCGUCACAAACGCCAGCAGCAAUCGGGCAAUAUCAUCGAUAAAUCAGGCGGUGGUGGCGGCCAGGCGAUGCAGGAUCGCGGACGAGAUUCCAGCUAUUACGGAAAUCGCAGCCGUGAACGGAUGGAUCACGAUCGAAUGGAUCCUCGAGAUCGGGGCAUGUCCGGAGCUGAAGGCCCUCCACCUCCGCCUCGUACAACAAAUCAUCGUCCAAGUGACAAUUCACGCGACCGACGUAGCGACGUCUACUCACCUGAUCGUCACGAGGCGAGGUCCAUGGCGGCGGUCGCGAGAGAUGGUAGCAUCCAGGCCAAUAACCAACGCUUCUACACUGACGACUCUUUCUCCGAUGUGGAUGACCGAUUUAAAGGAAGACCGGAUGGGAUGGAUUAUGCUUAUAACAAUGGCAUGCCCGAACAGUCGCCACAAAUUUCAGCCGGGCAACAGCCAACGUUCAAUGGCGGGACAGGACCUGUUCGUAAUUUGCCCGUGAAUAAAAUCACGAGAGGUCUGCCCACUGUCCUUCCCGAUCCGGCUGUGAUGCAGCAACAACCCGGUCAUAACAACACGAUGAUGAACGCUGACCCCAAUAAUCCCUACAAUAAUCAUCCUAACAAUGCUGCAACUCAACCACCGGUCACUGCGCCAACCUCCGCAUCCUUGUCUUCUCAUUUCUCUUUUUUCGGUAUGGGCGGCAACAACCAACAACAACAACAGCAGCAGCAGCAGCCGACAGGACCGAGUCUUAUUCAAAAGAUGAUGGGAGGCGGUGGAGGCGGCACGACAGCUUCCCCUGCUGCAACCAACUCCACUGAAAAUCCAGUGGAAGGUCUUCUUUCCAAGGGGAAAGAUUUAAUAUUCAAAAAAUUUGGCCUGUAACUAAAAAAAGCAAAGGAGCUAUUUAUUAUUUUUUUUUUGCACAAGUGCGUCCCCUACAACAACACCAAUUUUGCCAUAAAAUAAAAUAGUGAGUAUAGCCACAUUUGAUCAGCCAAAUGGGAAGUUAGCUUGAUUGCAAGCGAGAGAAAAAAAUCGAAAGGAACGCACACAUUUCUCUGUCUAUGUUUUUCUCCUUGUCUGUUGCAUUGUACAUUUAAAAGGAAAAAAAAAAAAAAAAAACUUUUUUCUUUUCUUUUUUGUCAUUGGUUACGACGUUUUCCACCCUAUUUCACUUGUCUGUUUAUUGUAUACUCAAAGAAAGGAGCAAAUUGAUAUUUUUCUUUUCAUUCCGUAAGGCUCCACCAGUUUUCUUUUUUGUGUGCGUGCUUGUCUGUACAUAAGAUAGAACUUUGCAAAAAUUUGAAUUUUUCUUUCAAACUUUGGGGCCGUGAAACUUUUUGCUUCUUUCCCACACACAAUUGUUAGAAAUAAAUGAAUUUCAUGUUAUAUCCUCCUCAUUACCCAAGAAAAAAUUCCUUCUCCCUUAAUGACAGCCGUGCCCUUCUUUCUCUAUUUGCAUUGAUAUACAUAUAAAAUGUUAGAGGUCAAUUUUCUAACAAGCUAUUUACAUACUAUUUACAUAUCAAAUUCUCUCUUUUUCUCUUGACCACAAUUUUCUUAUUUCCUAUCAGUUGGCUUCAUCUCGUCAUUUUUCCUUUGUUCUUUUUUUCUCUAUUUCUACCGAGCAGCUUGUUAACAUUAACAACAAAAGUUUGUUUCUUUCACUGUGCAAAAAAUCCGAUUCAUUACGCGUGAGCCAAGUUAUGCGUGUUUUUCUGUGUGCGUGUGCUGUUUUCCAAUUCCUCGCAUCAACAUUUUUUCCCCACUUCACACAUUUUUUCCUUCUCCCGAUUUAUGGUUUUUUUGUUCAAUUAGUCUCCUCCCAUCUCUCUUUAUUACUGCAAUUAUUAUUACGAUGUUCGUUAUGGUUAUAACUAUAUCUUUACAUACAAUUCUCUAUAUUAUGUGUAACUGUACAAAAGACAUACAGAAAACAAACCAAAAACAAA